CUUCUGUCUCUCUUUAAUUUAGCUCGUGGGCACGGUGGAGAGCUCGAGCUCGGGAAAUUUUUCGUCGUCGACGUCACGUCGCGGUGCCGUUCGAGUGUGCGUCCAUCGUCGUAGCGUCGCGGGGAGGUUGGGCGAGGGUGUGAUUCCGCCGUUCUCGACGUCGCGCCGAGUUGGAUUCGCUUUUGAGAGCUUGUUGUUCCGGCUCGACUUCAGAGGCGGAUCGAGGCAAGGGCGUCACGAGCUAGAGCCCUACCCGACGAAACGCCGUGCUAGAGGAUCACUAGCUGCAGCUAUGUAUCGUCAUCGAGGCUGACCGUCGACACGGGACCGGGCACAGUUGACACAGGAUCGUGUCGGACCCUCCGAGAUGCCUGAGCAGGCAGAGCCGAGUGCCCGACAGGAGCAGAGUACAAGACUAGAGGCGAGCGCAUCCCCCGACUUGAGUGCUCAGUUGGUCGCUCUGACAGAGGUGACGAGGCGGCAGGGGGAGUUGUUGGAGAGGUUGUGUGAGAGGGUCACCCCGCCACAGAGUACUGUACCAGAGCAGAUUGUUUCACCUCUGACUGCUCCAGCGGCAGCACCAGCUACAGUAGUACUACUACCAGUGACCGUUCCUUCAGUGCCAGUUGCGCCGGUUGGUGAGGCAUCGCAGAUGACCGAGGCUGAGCAGGAGCGGAUGGCUGAGAGACUCGCUCGCUUUCAUCGUUUCGAUCCGCCGACUUUUGAUGGCCGAUGCACAGAGGCUUGGGUUGUUGAGGACUGGGUCAGCUCGAUGGAGAAGUUAUUUGAGGAUCUUUUCAUUCCUGAGCGGGAGCAGGUACAUCUGGGAGUGCAUUGCUUGACAGGGGAUGCCCUUGCUUGGUGGCGGAGAGUGAGGAGAGAUUACAAGUUGGUGACUUUGCAGAUGACAUGGGACGAGUUCUGUGGAAUGCUAUAUGGGAUGUAUUUUCCCAAUAGUGUGAAACAGAAGCUCGAGGAGGAUUUAAAGAAGAUCCAGCAGGGGGGCCAGACAGUACAGGAGUAUAUUCGAGAGUUCACGCGACUCCUGAACUGUGUGCCGUUUGUGGCUAGAGACGAGGCACACAGGGUGUACCUUUUCGAGCAGGGUUUGAGGUCCGAGAUUUUUUGGUUGGUUCAGGCGCAGAGGUUGAGGACCUUGGACGCGUCGAUGGAGCAGGCACUUUGGGUUGAGAGAGGUGAUAUAUCUAUUCGGUAGAGGACUCAGGUUGCAGAGCAGAGUCAGGACAGGAAGCGCUCAGCUCCAGAUGAGGGUGGACAGUCGAGCAGCUGGCGUCUGCCGAGACCUCCACGGUCGCGUUCUUAGGGUCGUGCGUCCUCGGGACGUCAGCGUUCUAGGGGAUCGCGGCACCAGAGGCAAUCACAGGGAUUACAACCAUGUGUGAUUUGUGGAGGACCGCACUGGGCACGGCAGUGUGAGCAGCGUGAGGGCCGAUGUUUUGGAAGUGGAUAGCCGGGGCAUAUGAGGUCUGCUUGCCCCCGAGCAGCAUCACCAGCGCCAUCGACUGCUUCAGCAGCAUCCGGAUCUCAGCAGAUUUCUGGAGCACCUCAGAGUUACCGCGAGGAGGACAGGGCACCUGCGCUGCGACAGGGUGAGCGGCGACAGCAGGCUCCGAGUGGCAGAGUAUAUGCAGCCCAGGUGGAGGACUCUUCAGCAGUCGAUCGAGUGGUAGCAGGUUGCAGAGUGUUGUUGGUCGUGUCCGGUGCAGUUGGAU